GUCAUCUUGUCGUGGUUGGAUCCAAGACAGGCACUUCCAAGGUUCCAACAGCAUCAUUCCCCAUAGGCCCUGCCCAGACAGGCGGGUUACUACUAGCGCUACCAGAGCAGGUACUCAGUACGGAGUACCACCCGGUUCUUGAUCUCUGGGCAGGCAAUCAGACCAGGAGCUCCGUCCCACUUCGGCGCCGAUGCUGUGUAGCCCCUCGGCUUCAUCCCGCCAGCCAUUCUUUGUACAACACCGUUGUGUGACAGGACACCACUCAACACAACUCAACGCCGCCGGUCAGCAACUCGCCCUGCCUUUACCACAGCGUUCCUGAACCUCACCACGAGCGAACCGCGAACCAACAACGGCACACCAAGCCACCCGGGCCCCUCAAAUCGGUGUCUUUUUAUCUGCAAGGCUCCCCAGCCCCGCAGGCGCAUAUGUGGCCCUUGUCCUUGCCAGGCGGUUCUUGUCUUGCGCGGGUGACACUCGACUGCGAUAGGAACCGUGUUGCUCGAGCUGGCCAAGAUGGACUCCGCGCCUCUCAUCAAGGCGCAUGAUCACGCCAAAGCCGCCUCAGACGCUACGCAGACAGCCGACUCCACUGUCGCCAUCAACGAGCAUACCCUCGCCGCAGGAGAGUUCUCCAAUGCCGCAAAGGCCACGUCCAGUAUCGAGGCCCUUCGGACCCUUCGGCUUCUCGAACAACACCACCAGAAGCUUUCUGAGCUUAUCAAGUUCUCGGUAGAACAUCCCAGUAAGCAGGCGAACUUGGAGAAGCAUGAUCGCGAGACGGGAGAAAAGGUGGAGCCCGCCGGCUCGGAAGGCUCGUCUGCUCCUGUCGUGGGCAGCGCAUCGAAGGCGCCUGCGAACAUACCCGGCUUGACACCCCAGCGCCGUUAUCCCCCAUCUCGCGAGCUCUCUUCCUCCAUCGCGAGCAACCUAGCGUCUGCGCGGGGUAUUCGUGCCUCGAGAUAUCGGGGUCAACCACUUGCGCCUAGCAUUUCAAAUGACCAAGCGCCAGGGAAUGUUGACCUGACAGCCCGGAGUACCGGUUCGCGUACAAAAAUGCAGCACAUGCUUGAUAGCAAGACUGGAAAACAAAAGCCGAGCUGGGUGCCUCCAACUCAAGGUCCGUCCCCGAGCUCCCGUCCUCCCUCUGUCGGCGAGGCUGCGGAGACCGAGCCUGCCCCUGGGAAUACGCCAGCCGAUGAGGGCUUCUCCCGGUUUUAUAGUACCUUUGGUAGCAUCAUCAACCGCCUCUCGACGCCUUUGGCUUUCGCUGGUCUCCCCCUCAUCUCUGAGGAAUCCACUGCUGAGGGUUCCACACCCGAAUUUGCGCCACACAAGCGAGAUCGCGGCAAGGCUGUACCACCGCCGAGCGAAGAACCGGACUUGUCCAAGAUAUACUCGAAGGCAGCCUUACGUGCAGUGCAUCGCGACGGCCAUGCCGUCAAUGACUCGUUCUAUGUCGUGCCCACGAGCGGUCACACUGUUUCAUAUGCCAACAUACUAAACUUUGACCAGAAAGAGAGGAGGCGUGCCAUGGCCGCAUCGAUUCAUGAUGGUGAAGCGGAGACGGCUGAUGAUCACGAUGAGGAUGAUUUUGUUGAUGCAAGGGAGUCCCAAGCGUCUUUUUCUCCCAGCACCAAACGCCGAGUGGGUAAGAGUCAGACGGAACGGGAUCUUUACAAUGUCAUCGAGGAGCUCAGUACCGAAAAUGCCAGCCUGAAGAGUAUGCUCGAUAGGGUCACAAAACGCUUGCAAUUAUUUGAAGCUAGUGCACAGCACUCUCGCCUCGCCCUGGCGGACAGCAUGCGCAUUGCUAGACCUGGAUCGCCAAUGUCACAUAGUGGUGGCGCCCAGGGUCAAGUGACUGAUGAUGCGCUGAAGAGGAGGAACCAGGAACUGGAGGAGGAGUUGAUCGCGGCCAGUAAACAGUUUGAGGUGCUCGACAAGGAAAACAAACGGCUCAGGCACAACCUCGAAAAGUACCGCGACAAAUGGGAAUCAUUGAAGGCCGGGGCGAAGGCGCGAAGGGGUGCAGCUCAAUCGAGCGACACAUAGAGUAGCGUAGUGAGCAUAUGAGACUCAAGAGGGAGUGGGCGAGCGUUUAAUCCCACAGUGGGGCGAAGAAUCAACAAAAUGUUGUCAAAGGCAGA